AUGUCGUCUUCGCAGGGUGAAUUCGUCUCCAAAAUAUGGCAGAGCAGUCUUUUCGAUGACCGGGUAGUCUUCUGUACCGGCGGUAGCGGAACGAUUUGCUUCGCACAAGUGAAAGCCCUUGUCCACCUAGGAGCCGAUGCUUGCAUCGUCGGAAGAAAUUCUCAGAAGACUGAGAAAAUGGCCCAGGCUAUUGCUAAAGUCCGUGCCGGCUCCAAGGUGAUCGGCAUUGGCAACAUUGAUGUGCGCAAGUUAGAGGCAUUAGAGGGUGCCGUCAGUCAAUGUGUACGAGAGCUCGGCGGUAUUGAUUUUGUGAUUGCCGGAGCAGCUGGCAACUUCCUCGCACCGAUCGACGGCCUUUCUGCCAAUGCGUUCAAGAGUGUAGUGGACAUUGAUCUACUGGGAUCGUACAACACGCUCAAGUCCACUCUACCCUAUCUACUAGCCUCAGCCGCAAGGAACAGGAACCCUGGUUCACCAACUGGCGGUCGCAUCAUUUUCGUCUCUGCCACGUUCCACUAUACCGGAGUUCCCUACCAAAGCCACGUCGCCGCGGCAAAGGCUGGCGUGGAUGCGCUCUCUGCGUCUGUUGCCUUGGAGUAUGGCCCAAGAGGGCUGACAUCCAAUGUCAUCAGCCCCGGAGGCAUUGAAGGAACUGAGGGGCUUCAAAGACUUUCGAGCGAAGCUUCGCGAGAGUCUGGACAAGCAGCCCGCAAUAUCCCGCUGGGAAGAUACGGCCUUCUCAAGGAGGUUUCCGAUGCCACCGUAUUCCUUUUCAGUGAAGCUGGUAAUUACAUCAAUGGCCAUGUCUUGGUAGUAGAUGGUGGCGCUUGGAGAUUGCCAGGCCUCGCAGGCAUGUCAGCAGGCUUGGCGUACCCCGAUAUUGUCCUUGGCGAUCAAUUAUUGCCUACCGACAUAAAGACCGGCCGUGGAACCAACUCGAAGUUGUGA